CACAAGUACGGCUCUCAAAAAGUUAUAUAAAUGAAAUGAGUGACGGAUGUUCAUACAGUUUCCUCAAAAUCAUUCAAAAUGAAAAAGUUCGUUAUCAGUCUUGUGUUGUGCGCUCUACUUUGUGGAGUAUUGGGAAGAUAUAAUUCAGAAGACCUCCGUAUCAGCGAGGAAUCUCCUGAAGAAGAAGAUUUUACAAGGGAAAGAAGAAACAUUUAUAUAGAGGAUGAUAAGAGGAAACGCAGAGAUGUCAUAAUCGAAGACGACGAUGAUAUGAGAAAGAAAAGAGAUAUUAUAAUUGAAGACGAAGAUCGUAAAAAAAGAGAUGUGAUCAUUGAAGACGAUAACGAUGACAGAAAGCGCAGAGAUCUAAACAACGAAGCUGAAGCGAUGAGGGUGAGAAGGGAUGUCAUUAUCGAAGAUGACGAUGGUAAAAGGAAGCGAAGAGAUGUCAUUAUUGAAAACGACGAUUCGUUUUGAAUUAACGAGUGAUUUUUAUGAAAACCUCAAAUUUCACAAAAACAUGUUCGACAAUUCUUAAAUAUUUGUUUCCAAAUAAAAUGUGUAACUUUCUAAUUAAAAUUUAUUAUAACUGA